AUGUCUGGCGAAGAACCUCAAACUGAUCCAUGUGAGGAGUGCCCUGCUCUUAAUCUCCAAAGAAUCGUUGGUUUCAACGGAUCCGUCAAGAAUGGUCUCCACCUUAUUGAAGGCAAGCUGACCGGCGACAAAUCGCAGACGCCUUCGAUGAUGUUUCCUUUGGGAGCGUCGUGCAUUAUCGAGUCAAUGGAUCGAAACGUGAACAAGCAGCACUUCUUCCGUGGACACUCUAACCCCGUCUCCGCCAUCGCCGUUUCUCCCUGUGGCAAGUUCCUCGCAUCUGGCCAAGUGACACACAUGGGCUACAAAGCAACCAUCAACGUCUACACUCUUGUAGAUCGACAGCCUUAUGCUACCUUUACGCUUCACAAGGUCAAAAUCGAAGCCUUGGCAUUUUCUUGCGACUCAAAGUUGCUCUAUUCUCUUGGAGGACAAGAUGAUGGCUCCGUCGUCGUUUGGGACAUGGAACAGAAAAAGUCCAUCUGCGCUAGCCCUUGUGCUCCCCAGACCGCCGGCUGCAUUCGAGUCCUCGCAGCGUCCCACCAUGAUCCUUUCUCCUUCAUUACUGCCGGUGACAAAUCUAUCCGCGUUUGGACCGCAGACCUCAAGAACAGAAAGCUAGUCCCAGAAGACUGCAACCUCGGCGUUCUGAAGCGAGACGUUCUCUCCGUUUCCAUUGAUCCCCAGGAUAAAUAUCUUUAUUGCGGUACUACUACGGGCGACGUCCUAAAGAUCAACUUCGAGACAAAGCUUCUCGUCAACACCGGCCCCACCAAGAACCUUAUUAGCUUAGGCAUUGGCGAACUGAACGGUAAAUUGCUCAUCGGCUCAGGAAAUGGCGAUAUUGCCGUGCUCGACUCGGAAAAGAACUACAGACGAAUUUCCUCCAGCAGCCUUCCCAAAAACAAUGCUGGUGGUAUUACCUCACUCGUCAUCAACGAAAAUCAAAUCUUUGUCGGAACUAAUGCCAAUAACGUCUACAGAAUUCCAUUUUGCCCCAAAACUCUAACUAUGCCUGGUGAGCCUGUUCUGCUCAAGACUUGUCAUAAGAACGACGUCAACGAUGUCGUCUUCCCGGCCAACCAGAACGAACUCUUCGCCACCGCUGGAGUCGGCGACGUCCGGAUCUGGCAAACUGUAACUGGCAAGGAGCUCCGACGGAUCGAGGUGCCCAACAUCACCUGCCAUGCCUUGGCCUUUUCACCUGAUGGUAACUCCCUGGUCACAGCUUGGUCCGAUGGGCGGCUCCGAGCUUACUUGCCAGUUUCCGGCAAGUUGAUAUAUGAGGUCCCUCACGCUCACCACUUGGAAGCGACUGCUCUCGCCAUCACGAACUGCAACACGACAAUCAUAUCGGGAGGUUGUGAGGGUGCCAUCCGAAUCUGGCGAAUCGAUCUCUCCAAUCCAGCCAAGCCCGUUGUCAGUCUAGAAGAAACAAUGAAGGAACACAAAUGCAAAGUCACCACCAUCACGUUGAGCAAAAACAACAGAGAAUGUGCUACUUCCUCAGAAGAUGGAACUUGCAUCAUGUGGGAUCUCGCAACUUACAAGAGGAGCCAAAUGGUUAUGGCAAAUACUCUUUUCCAGUGUCUUGUUUACAACUACGAAGAAAACCAAAUCGUAACGUCUGGCACCGACCGAAAGAUUGCCUACUGGGAGACUUUGGAUGGCUCGCCUAUUCGAGAGCUCGAAGGAAGCAUGUCCGGCGCCAUUAAUGGAAUGGACAUCACUCAGGACGGACAUAAGUUCAUCACUGGUGGCGACGAUAAGCUCGUGAAAGUGUGGGACUACGACAGUGGAAACGUCACCCAUGUCGGCAGAGGUCACUCUGAUCGAAUUCUGAAGCUUAAACUCUCGCCUGACAACAAGCAUCUCGUUUCUGUUUCCUGCGACGGCGCUAUUGCAAUUUGGCGACUAUGA